UCGUGCUUCGAAUGGUUGGCAGCGGCGUGUGUGCUUGCCUGUGUCCGUCGAUUCUCGAGAUUCCCUUGUGCACCAGCGUAAUCGAUAGAAAAAGUAUGCGUGUUCUUAUUGACACGUCGAUCCGACGAACGGUGAUACGGUGAAAAACGACGAGCAAAACGAAGUCGACCGUAUAAAGCAUUGGAAAACGCUGGAGUCAAGUGUAAACGUGGAUUCUUUCGAGGAACAGUUAUGAUGUCGAGCAUGUCCACGGAUAAGGAGCCGAGCAGACCGACCGGGAGAAGGUUUCGUUGCAGCAGAGAGGCCUGUUGCGCGUACGUGAAGCGAAAGCUGCCGAUUUUGUCGUGGUUGACGCGCUACAAGCUCGCAUGGCUGCCCCAAGACGCUCUGGCAGGCUUUACGGUCGGUCUGACGGCUAUUCCGCAGGGGAUCGCAUACGGCGUGGUGGCCGGUCUACAUCCCGAGUACGGACUGUACGCGUCAUUCAUGGCCUCGUUCGUCUACAUUAUCAUCGGUUCCUGUGAGUGCAUCACCAUUGGUCCAACCGCGAUCAUGUCCACGAUGGUGCAGCCAUUGGUCAAGGAAUACGGGGCGGACAUGGCGGUGUUGAUUACAUUUUUGAAAGGCUGCAUCAUCGCCAUCCUGGGUCUGCUGCACUUGGGUUUCUUGCUGGACUUCAUCUCCCUGCCGGUGAUCACGGGAUUCACGACAGCAGCCUCGAUCAAUAUAGCCGCCUCGCAGUUCAAGUCGUUGCUGGGAUUACCCGGUAGAAGCGAGGAUCUAGUGGAUUCCUUGAGAGCGGUUUUCUCUAACGCGAAGGACAUCCGAUAUCAGGACACGUUAUUAGGGGUCGGGACCAUAGCCGUUCUGGUCUUGCUUAAGAAUCUGCCCGGACGUCGAACCGGCACGUGGCCAGAAAAACUUGCAUGGACCGUGACACUAGCGCGUAAUGCUUUCGUGGUCGUCGUAGCAACCACCAUGGCGUAUAUAUUUUCCAUCAAUGGCGACGAGCCCUUUAAGCUGACCGGAGCAUUGGGCGAAGGUUUGCCGCCGUUUGGACCACCGCCAUUCUCGAUCACAACUGGCAAUCGGACGUAUGAUUUCCGGGAGAGCUUGAUGGCGAUGGGGACCACGCUUGUCUCACUUCCGGUGGUGUCCACGAUCGAGCACAUGGCGAUAGCGAAGGCUUUCGCGAUGGGAAAAUCUUUGGACGCCACGCAGGAGAUGUUCGCGUUGGGUGUGUGCAACGUGUUCGGCUCGUUCGUGCGAUCGAUGCCGGUCACCGGUUCCUUCACUCGCACCGCCGUCAAUCACGCGUCCGGCGUGAAAACGACUUUGGGCGGUUUGUUCACCGGGUGUCUCGUGCUCCUUGCCGCUGGCCUAUUGACCUCCACCUUUCGUUUCAUACCGAAAGCCUCCUUGGCCGGCGUUAUUAUAUGCGCGAUGUACUACAUGCUCGACUUCAAGACGUAUGUCAUGCUGUGGCGAGCGAAAAAGAUCGAUUUUCUUCUGAUGAUGAUCACUCUUUUAUUCUGCGUGUUUCUCAAGUUGGAAUGGGGGAUAAUCAUAGGUAUCAUCGUGAAUCUACUGAUCCUGCUGUACUUCUCCGCGAGACCGUCCAUCGAGACAGUGAUACAGCAGGUCGACGAUGAGUCUGUGAUACGGGUCACGCCCGAGGAAGCUCUUACGUUUCCAGCCGCGGAGAACUUCCGCGCGAACAUAAUGAAAUUAUCCGAGGAGAAUCCGAGCAACGUUGUGCUCGAUUGUCGGAACUUGAAGAGGAUCGACGUCACAGUCGCGAAGAGUCUGAAAUUGCUGGCGAACGAUUUGCAACUACGCGGACAGAACUUCGCCUGCGUCAACUGCCACAGAAACGUCGAGGUUGUACUAAAGUCGGUCGCUCCGGAUCUCUACCAGCAUUAUCGGAAUUCGGUGCUCGAGGACAGAGCAGCUGCGUGAACCGUAACCUUCCAUGUAUUUAUGUAAAUAGUAAUGAACCGAGCACAAUGACGGUGAGAUAACGAUUGACAUUCGAGUGGGAUCAUCGAUAACCGUUAUCGAGAGCCAUAUAAACCAGAGAUUGACGGUCGCCACAAGUCUGUAAAAUCUACGAAUAUUGUUUUCUAAAAUAUCAUUGUUCUAUCGGCGAAAGUCUUCCAUGUUGUACGAUACAUCUUAAGUUAUUCUUGAAAUAAAUAGAAUCA